AUGGGGAUCUCUCACCCUCUCUCCGACGAGUACGACGCCCUCCGCGGCGCCGUCCUCUCGCCGCAGACGACGCCUCCCUCGUCGCCGCUCGCCCACCGCCACCUCCUGGAGCACGAGGUUACUCGGAUGGACACGCUCGCCGGCAUCGCCAUCAAGUACGGCGUCGAGAUAUCUGACAUUAAGAGGGCAAACAGUUUGGUCACUGACAGCCAGAUGUUUGCACACAAAACGUUGCUCAUACCUCUUCCAGGAAUGCCCAUGCCAUCCUCUGUCAAACUGAAUAGUUCUGGUCAAAGAACGAAAAGAGCACGGCCUCCAAACCAUCGUCAAAACAGAGAUGCUCUUGAUUCACUAGAUUCAUCCAAGUCUGGUCAGCAGGGGGCGUCACCUGCAAUGAGCACCCUGCAGAGAUACUAUGGCCUGACAUCUCAGAAAGGAAAUACCAUGGAUCUCAGCACUGAAAUGUCUACGUACCAUAAGGGCGGCGGCUUCCAGAUUAACCUCAGCGAAACAUUGCUCAAUCCUUCCACAGCCCCAGGCACGAAGGGUAUCGACAGAAAUUGGGAUUUUGAUGCCCCAGCUAAUGGCUUUUCAGCAACGAACGCUGCCAACAGGGCCAAUGGCAAUGGGGCACCCAAACCAAAGCAAGACAGUUCGGUGCGGCGGCGACAGAAAGUGGAAGCGGAGCCUAACACAGCGGACGCCCAGGAUGAUUUUCUAGCAGAUCCAAUUAAGGCGAUCAAGAGUCUGUUGCCACGGCCGAUUUCCAGCAUCCGUCUAAACAUGGAUACAUGCAACCCAGAUUCCAGCCAGAAGAGCAGCAUGUCGUUUCUUAGCGGGUUCAAAUCUGUGACUGUGAGGAAGUCGCCAAGCGCACCGAACUUUGCAGAUGCAGAGAAUGGGGUCUCUAUGUGGUCAAGUUCGAAGUGGACCUUCAACCAUGACUCCUUCACCCGACCGUUACUUGAUGGCCUGCCCAAACCAGCGUCAGCUCGGAGGACCAAAACUGCGUUGGACUGA